UGAGGUUGCAUCGGAAAACGUAGGCGAAAUUAGCGCCUACCAUUCGCGAGCGCGUUUCUGAUCCUUUGGUGUCCCCCUCAUAGAUGACGUUCGCAAGCACUGCGCACUUUGUGCGAUUGAAAACAGCUCUGCGCUGCAGCAGCGUCGCUGUCGUCGUCGAAGACGAGUAUUUAUGUCCCCAUUCCGCUUUCCGCAUACACGACCCUUACACGUGGCGGUGUCGGCUUCGAGUGUCCCGAAAUUGCUACGUGCUUCCACGCUAAGCCUCGUUCGAGAUAGCCCUGCUGCUGAGUUGUCUCACGAGCCGGCUGUGGCGCCGCCGUGCCGCAACGAAUUCGGGGACUGCCAUGUCGGAGCCUGUGAGGCCACCUUCCGAAGUCCAGAGCAGGACUACCAACGUUGCUUCGCUCGAGUUCAGCCAACUCCUACAUAAGACAGACGCCAGCGUGUUCGAGUCUGCCGAAUGCGUUCUGCAGAUCUUCCAACUCGCCGACCAGCGUUUCCGUGGAAACGACUCCUUACCUCCCCUUACGGCCCCAUGCAACGGUGAUGGCGAGCGUACUCGGUGUUGGGCACUCAACUACCUGCGACGGUGGAACCAGCUAUUGAACGAUGGCGGCGUCGAAUUGUUAGAGCUUUCCGAGAACGCACUCUCCUGCAGCACCAUAUCAAACGUUCCCGAAGAACUUCGAACAUCUGAAGACAUCCAGAUACUCACCUUGUGCUUGUGGUUACUCCGCCAGCACCAAUGUGUACGUGCCGUGACCUUGACCGCGUGCGUCGUAAGGCCGCAACACUCUGCAAUUUUCUGGAAGCUUCUUCAGCUGAGCAAGCGUGCUAUGUCGGUCGAGCUCCGAAAUUCCGAGCAUAAUGUAGAGAGCCUCUCCAUUCGCAGCUUGUUCCGGGACGGCGCGGAGCAACUAAGCGAGCUCGUACUAGCUGAUUUCUCCUUGUCCGAGUCAGAUGCAAGUGACCUGCUAGCCCUCUUGGAACGCAACAGGAGUCUCGGCAAACUAGUCCUGAUAAAUCUGAACGUUGACGAACAGUCACUGCACUCGAUUGUCGCCAGUAUCAAAGAUCACGAUCAACUCAACGAGGUGGAACUGACAGAACGUCGAAAGUCGAUCGCAAGUAACACAGUUUCUCAGUUGCUUGAGGCACGCAUCACGAAACUGCACUUGAAUGUAGACUGCAACUGGGAAGCAGCUUUGCAUGCCCUCGCCACGAAAGUAACGCCCGCUGAACUCAAGAUCACCUCGCGCUCCACGUUCCAUUCCGCUCUGAGUCCCCUGGCGCGCGCAGUGGCCACUAGCGAAACGCUUAAAUGCCUCGAGCUUAUCCUGGACGCAUCAUGCGCAGUAGCCAACGAAAAUUGCCCCGACUGGGAAGACCUUGCAGACAUUAUCGCUCAAUGCCGUGCGCUUCGCACGCUUAGAAUAGAUGUGCCUUCUUUGGUAGAUGUGUCACCGGCGGCCAUGUCAGACGCAAUUGCCAGGAAUUGGUCGCUGCAAGAACUUCACUUCAGUGGUUGUGCGAUUCCUUGCCACAGCGCGCUGGUGUUGUUUGAUGGUCUGUCCCGCAACUCGACACUACAGCUACUGGGCAUCGUGAAUAUAGAGGGCGUUGAUGCGGAGUAUGAGCACUUGCUACGGUUCUUGAUCAAGAACUCUUUGUGCCACAGGGUUUCGGUUCGUUACGAGGGUUGUCAAGCUAAGUUGUUGGUGAAAGCCAUAACAAUCGACGGAAUGCGAUUCCGCAAUUUUAAAUUCUUUUGCACAUACGCUCCGGAAGCGAACGCUGUGUAUGAGGCUCUUCCUUUCCUCAAGGAUACUCUGACUACCCUGUCCAUCGAUAGCAAUGAAGAAAUAUGCGACAUGGGCGCCGAGUCCCUAGCCAAACUUUUCAGUGACAGCCUGAUUCUAGAGAAUGUCGAGCUCAAAUUUCCCUCAACUCCCGACACUUCACUGGUUUUGCUUCAAGGUCUUGCACAAUCUCGCUCCAUCACGUCCCUCACCUUGGUCCGCUGGGCGAUCGGUGGGGAUGACGAUGCAGUGCCACUCGCUUUUGAAGACUUGCUCCGCGUCAAUUCGAGCAUCGUGGAAUUGCAUCUUGUGCAAGGCGAUUCGGGAGACCUUGACAUUCUCCGGAAGCACCUUGCGAUAGGUUUGGUCGAAAAUCAUAGCGUCGCGGAGCUGCACAUCUUGUACGGUCGCGACGUUCUCGUGUACCAGGACAAGGCUAUUAUGCAAUCGCUCCGCGUGAACCGCACGAUGGCGUUGCUUGCAGCGAAGUUGCUUUUAGGUGCGAGGCUUAGCAGAGGGGCUGUGUAUUCUCUAGAGCGAGUACUAUCGUGCGAUUCCAUGAUGUCGAUUUUACGAUCUCGGAUGAAAUCAAGCAGUGACGUCGUCAAUGAGAAACUCGCAGAAGUGCUGUCUAGAAUCCAAAGCGAACUUUUCAAGGUAGAGUGUUUGAAUAAGCAACGCGCAUGUCCCUCCCCACGUCGUGAUCAUAAAAGCCAGCACUACGAACUCAGAAAUGUUCUUCUCAGUGAGAUUGGCAAAUACUUAAACCUUUCUGACGUUCCUUUAAGACUGUGAUAAUCCGAAUUCGGCUGCGCGUUGUGUGCUACAUGAGUUCUAAAUUUUACUUAGCGUUACCUAAUUUGUUUUAUACAUCGUUCCCAAAACGUAUCUUUUAUUUCCUGUAGUCAAAAAUUUUCUUGCGCAUAAUCAGUGUCAAAUGCUUCAUUGAGUCUGUCUGAUUAUCCUGCCAUAUCUUACCGCAUGGAAAUAAAAGGGCAGGCUGCAGUUCUGCUAUUCUAUUAAAGUGAUUAAUUUUAAAACACCAAGAAAUACUGUCAUUACUCAGAAUUAACCCUCUAAAACGCGAUGACAACUGCAUCUGCGCGCCACACCGAAACCUCGGAUUGGAACUUUCUAUUUAGUUCUAGGCUAUAUAUAAUUUGUUUUCCCUCGUCACUCUUUCUCGUUACGGUUAUAGUAUACUUAAAACCACACUCACAAAACCUUGAAAUCUGAUCGCUAUAGCUGAUUAUCGUUGCAACUGGAAUGAUCCCAAAACUUGCUCAAUAGGGUUUGUAGACUUGCGCAGGCGUGCGCCGCUUUUCCGCACUCCUGGAUCGGCCAGAGUAUUGCAAGAGUAAUCCUUGACGAAAAUUUAGUCGAACAGAUUUGUUCUCAGCCAAAACGCUCUACCAUGGGGGGGGGGGGGGGACUACAUGCCAGUAAUCAGCGUAGAAACAACCUUGAUUUAGAGUGUAAAUAAUAAGUGAAAUAUAUUAGGCUAUGUUCAAUCCUACAAACAUUCACAAUGCGCGUUUCUGUGACAGAGAGACAGACCUUGGCAUCGCGCCCAGGUCCGUCAGGUAAGCCGACGGUGCCGGUCAUUUAGAGUGAAAUCACACUCCAAAUCACGAAGCGCCCAUGGGUUGCGAAAACCUUUCGGUGCAUGCGCAAAUUUCAUGGACUUUCUUCGCUCUGUGAUGUGUAUACACGUAUAUAUGCUAUGUUAAUAAAUACGUUGGAAAUACCGCUCCGUGUCUCUUAUUUCUGCGCUUCUCCCUCGUACCUACCAUCUAUAGCUCCUAUUUACGUUUUCGUCAAGACCUCAGCCCAUGUGCUUGAACCAAUGUUAAUUUCGUAUUUCAUGUCGCCCCAAACAGGGGGCUCUGAAGUCAGCUGUUUCAAACGCCGAAUGAGUGUUCGAUUCAAUGUGCAAAUAACAUAUCUGCAGUUUAUGAGUGCUAACGCAAAAACAUUGCUUUUACUGAUACGGCUGAUCAAUAAACAUUGAUGCGUGUA